AACCAUGACAGAAACCAUUGUGACCCUUGUCAUCAACGAGCUAGUUCAGUUGAUCGUCCAUGAAUCAAAAUUGCUAAGGGGUGUCCACCGGGAAGUUGUGGACAUUCGAGAUGAACUUGAGAGCAUCCAGUGUUUUCUCAAAGAUACAGAUAAAGGAGGAGAGCUCCAAGAUGGUGUCAAAAUUUGGGUGAAACAAGUGAGAGAAAUAGCAUAUCAUAUAGAAGAUGUAAUAGAUGAACACGUUCUUCACGAGGCACAACGUCUUCAUCAGCAAAGUUUUAUUGCUUUUCUCCAUAAAAUUGGCCAUUUAUUGAAAAAAAUAAAACCACAUCAUGACAUAGCUACCAAGAUUCAAGAUAUCAAAAUAUCAGUCCGUGAAAUCAAGGAACGAAGAGAAAGAUAUGGUUUUAGUUCCUCAGAUCGAGGAUCAAGUAGCAGAGCAACAAAUGUUACAUGGCAUGACCCUCGAGUGGGUUCACUUUUCAUUGAGGAAGAUGAAGUUGUGGGUAUUGAGUCUACGAGGGAUGAACUCAUAAGCUGGUUGGUGGGGGGAGUAUCUAAACGCUCUGUGAUUUCAGUGGUAGGCAUGGGCGGAAUUGGUAAGACAACUCUUACUAAGAAAGUAUAUGAGAAUGAAUCAGUGAAAGGACAUUUUGAUUGCAGUGUUUGGAUCACUGUGUCUCAGUCAUACAACGUGUCGAAGAUACUCAUGUCCAUGAUAAAGCAAAUCUACCAAGCAAAAGAUACUGCUCCGGGGCAAGUAGACAUGACAGACGAGAUCACACUAAUUAGCCAGCUGAGGAAAUGUUUACAGCAAAAGAGGUAUGUUGUGGUUUUUGAUGAUGUCUGGAAGACAGAGUUUUGGGAAAUUGUGAAACAUGCUUUACCAUACAAUGACAGAGGCAGUAGGAUUAUCAUCACAACACGUAGUGAUCUCAUUGGUGUUUCUUGUAGAGAAUCUUUAUCCGAUCAAGUGCACAAGCUACAACCUCUAUCUCAAGACAAGGCUUGGGAAUUGUUUUGCAGAAAGGCAUUCCAGACCGAGUUCCAAAGGUGUUGUCCAAGAGAAUUGGUGAGAAUGUCGAUGGACAUUGUCAAAAAAUGUGAAGGGCUACCACUUGCAAUUGUUGCCAUAGGUGGUCUUCUGUCAACGAAGGAGAAGGUGCCGUUAGAAUGGCAAAAGUUGCUCGAUAGCCUCAACUCUGAGCUAGAAUGUAAUCCCCACCUUACAAGUAUCACUAACAUUCUCUGUCUUAGUUAUCAUGAUCUUCCAUACUACCUAAAGUCAUGCUACUUGUACUUCGGCAUUUUCCCGGAGGACUACUCAAUUAGUGGUUUAAGAUUAAUUUGGCUAUGGGUAGCUGAGGGCUUUAUAGAAGGAAGGAAGGGAAAAUCAUUGGAAGACGUGGCAGAAGAAUACUUAAUGGAGCUCAUCAACAGAAACUUGGUUCAAGUUUCAUUUGGGGAACUUGAUUACGAGAUAGAGAGAAAAUAUAGAGUCCAUGAUUUGCUGCAUGAAAUCAUCCUAUCGAAGGCUGAAGAGUUGAAUUUUUGCCAAGUUCUAGAAGCCGGUGACACAACUUCCCAUGAAAAAAAGUCGAUGCCUAUCAAUCCACGGUGUUAG